AUGAGGGCUAAUUACAACGGCUACAUUCCCUUGUCCAAGGAGAUGCGAAUCCGCUCCUGGCUAGCCGGUGUGCCCGACGACCCGGAGUUGCUGGCUCCGGUUCUUGAGCCGUUCCAAGAGUAUGAUGGCUUUGUCAGCCGAUCAGCGAACAUGCAAAAAUGGCCGGAACUGUCUCAGUGGGGAGUGCCCGGCAGCCCUGGCCGAUGGAACAAAGAAUUCGGAGUAUUCCAAGCAACACUACCCACGCCUCUGGAGGCUGCGGGCCAGAUCACCGAUCGCGUAAUGUCUACUAACCGGGCCAGGCCCAAAGUCCCAAUCCGGUCGCCGAAGCGGCCGAUAUGGCGGCCGUUAUGA